AUACAUCGUAUAUUUCAUUUCCAGAAGUCAAAAUGCAGUCUUGUGUGUACAGGAAAUUAUGCUACUGUCUUGUGAAUAAGAACAACAAAAUUUCAAUAAGUUUGUAUCAUGCAUCGAAACGACCGAUUGAGAAUUAUGAAGAAGUUCGUCCUGAAGUAACAAGCUUAUAUAACACGUUUUUUAAUUAUCUUCAAGUAAACAUUGUGUCAAAAUCAAAUUUGAAAGAGUACAUAACGGAUUUGAAUAUAACAACAUUGGAACAAAAAAAUUUUUUAGUUAAUAAAUUGAGAAAGAUUCACCUUACACCGCUCGAUGACAUCAAACAAAGCCCACCUAAUACCUCGGUUACUCAAACUCUGUCGAAAUUGCUUCCCAUACUAAACGCCAUGGACAAACUGUAUGAGCAACCUAACACCCGCCAAUUUCUGCUUUUGCUCAAUGAAGUGGACAAAAAAUGUCAUUGUAUUAUGAAGGAUUUGUCUUUUGAUGAAACUCUAAUCCUUUUGAAUGAACUCGCGCAAAUCGUACCCACCAGAGUGAUGUCGCUGGACUUUUAUUUGGAAUCGAUGACAAUACUGCGAUUGCGCCUGUCGAAAAAUGAGCAAAGCUCCCUUCAAAUUAUGAACUUGUUGUAUCUCAUGAGCCUGAGAAAGACGACGGCAUUAUUGGACAUUCAAUAUACGUUGAAGUAUCUCUCGGACUUUGAAAAAUUCUCUAUAAUAGAACAAUGCAUCGUAUCAAUAGCUGCCUUUAAAUGCGGAGUUCAACUUAAACGAGAAAUCAUUCAGGUCAUAGAAAGAACAGUACAAAAGAAUGUUGACAAAUUGCUAAAAGAACAAGUACUGUUUGUGCCCCUGUUAAAGGCUAUGCGGCACGCAGGUCCAUCAAAGGAAUUUUCCUUGAAUCAUUUAAGUGAAAGAAUCCUCAAGCAUAAGGAAACAUACAAAAUCACAUUAGCAGCUCCAAUUUUGGCGCUAUAUGCAGAAAUGCUACAGGAUGAGCACAAGGCGAUAAAGCGACUAGCCGGAAAUGCUCUGUCACAAAUAUGGAAAAGCGGGUCAAUAUCAGAUUCUAAUGUCACAGCCACCAAUCAGAUCAGAGUAAAAGAUGUUGAUAGAUUACUGUGGGCCCUCAGCACUUUGAACCAUAGAUUAACCCACAAUGAACUCUCGAAUGUGGAGAAAUUUUUGUCAGAUAAUUUAGACGCAUUUUUAAGGAAUCCCAAAGCACUUUGCAACUCAGUUGUGGCCCUCUGGAUACUGGGAUUCGAAUGUCGUGAGAUCAUAGAAUACUGCUUUCGCAAUCAGAUUUUCCACCCGCUACUCCAAGACUCUUUGAAUGAUUCUACGAGACUGGGCGUGCUAUUGGAAUGCGUGAAAAUUGAGGCACCCACGAUAAUAAUUCCAUCGAACCUCAUCUUGAACACAGAAAAGAAACCAUUGUUGAACGAAUACAGCGAGCUUGAAUGCAUCAGUAACGUAUUGCAGUGUUGCGAAAGUCAAUUGGAAUUGAGUGAGACUAAUGUUACCUGCCCGGUUAAUGGGAUACGAAUAUAUGGGAUUAGUGCAAAGCAUAAAUCACUAGGAUGGCUUCACAUUGAUUUGUUAAACAAGUAUACGUGUUUACGUAAACCUCUUCAACCACAUGGAUUAAUGAACUUGAAACUUAGGCUAAUCAAGAGACUGGGAUACAAGUCUAUACUACUUGACUGUACCGGACCAUGGCAGGUGGAAAGGGUGGUCUCAACCAUCGGGGAAGCGAUUGAUGAACUUUUGACAAAAUAAGACAAACGAAUUGUGAUUAUAUAUUGCUAAUAAUAAAUAAUAAUAUCUAAUUCAGGGUAUAAUGAAAUCGCUUAAUUAAAAAUUAACAAU